CUUACCGGUACCAGUGAUGAGGACUGUAUGUGGAAAAGAGGAUGAGACAGGGGAUGGUCAGUUAGAAUAUCACACUGACACUAGAUGCAGAAUCAGCCAAUGGCACGGCAGCCUGUUUUGGAGUCCCGUCUAACCUGCGAUCACGCUCACAAAUGAAGCUGAGCCGGAGCUCAGCGUCAUUGCGAGAUGUCGUCUCCCGGCGCGUCUUUCGUGCAGAUCAAGUUCGAUGACAUCCUCUUCUACGAGAACUGCGGCGGCGGCAGCUUCGGGAGUGUGUACCGAGCCAGGUGGAUCUCCCAGGACAAAGAGGUGGCGGUGAAGAAACUGCUCAAGAUUGAAAACGAGGCUGAAAUCCUCAGCGUCCUCAGCCACCGAAACAUCAUACAGUUUUUUGGUGCGAUUGUUGAGGCUCCCAACUAUGGAAUCGUCACCGAGUAUGCCAGCGGUGGCUCACUGUACGAUUACCUGUCGAGUGAUGAGAGCGAGAAGAUGGACAUGGGGCAGAUCAUGACAUGGGCUGCAGAGAUUGCCAGAGGAAUGCACUAUUUACAUUCAGAGGCCCCUGUUAAGGUGAUUCACAGAGACCUAAAAUCCAGGAACGUGGUUUUAGCUGCAGAUAAAGUUCUCAAGAUCUGUGAUUUUGGGGCGUCUAAGUUCCUGACACACACAACACACAUGUCCUUGGUCGGCACGUUUCCCUGGAUGGCUCCGGAGGUGAUCCAGAGUCUGCCUGUGUCGGAGACCUGCGACACCUUCUCCUAUGGUGUGGUGCUUUGGGAAAUGCUCACCCGUGAGAUACCCUUCAAAGGCCUGGAAGGCUUACAAGUGGCCUGGCUGGUGGUGGAGAAGAACGAGAGGUUAACUAUUCCUAGUGGCUGUCCUAAAUGCUUCGCUGAGCUCAUGAGAACGUGCUGGGUGACAGAACCAAAAGAACGACCGAUGUUCAAGCAGAUCCUCUCUACUUUGGAGUCCAUGUCUAAUGACAGCCAACUUCCUCAACAGUGCAACUCUUUCCUUCACAACAAGGCUGAAUGGAGGUGUGAGAUUGAAGCUACACUUGAGAGACUUAAGAAGCUGGAGAGAGACCUGAGCACCAAAGAGCAGGAGCUGAAGGAGCGAGAGCGGCGUCUAAAGAUGUGGGAGCGCAAACUCAUCGAGCAGUCCAACAGCCCGUUGCUGCCCACCCUUGACAUAUAUACCUGGACAGAAGAGCAUGUGUAUUUCUGGAUGCAGCAAAUAUUUGGUGCAGGUGAUGUUUCAUGUGGCAUGCAGUUCUACGCUGACCUGUUUAAAGAAAAUCACAUCACCGGAAAAAGGUUGCUGUUACUCACCGAAAACGACAUGCGAGACAUGGGGGUCAAAUCCAAAGGUCACGUCAUGCACCUUAAGGGUGAAAUCGAAAAGCUUGCUCACGAUUACCUUGGGUUUGUGCACUUCCCACCACUGUUGAAGGACGAGCUGGAAAAGGAGGUGGAAAGCAGCAAAACUGUAAAUCUGGAGCUGGUGUUUGGGUACCACUGGAAGCCAGGAACGGGAAACUCUGAUUGCAAAUGGAAAAUGUACAUGGAACUUGACGGAGAUGACGUUGCCGUCGCUUACAUCAAAGAUGUCAUCUUUAAUCCCAACCGGCAGGAUGUGGAAACUCUGCGGAUGACAAAGCCACCUUUUGUAAUGGACAAAUGGAUUGUUGGAUUACAACAGAACCAGAGAGUCGACUACACAGUCAAUUAUGAGAAUGAUGUCAAGUCACCAAAGUCUACUAAACACAGCUGCCUGGUGACGUGGAGCAUCAGUGGUGGACAAGAUGAGAUCAAGACUGUGGAGCUGGUCAUUGGAACAACACCAGCUGACAAUGACUGGAACCCCAGGAACAGAUCAAACUCUGAUAUUGAUCCAGAAUGGAUGUACGGCGUGAAGCUAAAGCAGAUGAUGACCCAGAAAUCGCUGCCGGCGUCUACUCCUCUGUCUAGCUCCGAAGCCCGCACUCUUCCUCAGUUCCUGUCUGCACAUGAAAGCCAAGUGUCUUCUUAUGCUGCAGCUGUGCGUCGCUCUCCAAGCCGCAACCACACAUCUCCCUGGAAUGACUCGCGCAGCUCCUCGCCAACCGCCAGCCUGUCGGCCAAACUGUCGCCGCUCCAUCUGGGGUCAAAGGGCAGCAGUCCCUCCAGCACCACGUCGGAGAGCACCUUGGAGAGGGAUCGGCCGCUCAGUGCCGGAGCGUUGUACGACUACCGCAGAAACACUUACUUUGGCAACACAUUAACUGUAGGAGGUGGUCAGGGGAGAGGGACGGGUAGUAGAGGUAACCAUAUUCAUAAUAAAACCAGCAAAACCUCACGACAGCCAGGGAGGCCGCGGUCCAGCAGUUACAGUGUCACACCACAGAACCUCCCACCAAUGAUACCGGGGAUAUUGUCUGUGACAGCACACCUCAAUGAGGAAAAAGAGGCGGCGAAAGCCAGCGAUGGAGGGUGGAUCAAAGUGGAGCGUCAGAAAAGAUUACCACGCCAGGACCAUAAACAAGUCAGAGGUCGAGGGAGGAGAGGGGGCAGGGGAGGGCGUGGUGCUGGUGGAAGAACUUAAUGUGGGACACACAUGAACUGACAGCUUAUUGUACGAUGAACAUGUCAUGCACUAAGAAGGUUUUAGAUUUGAAUUGUCUACCUGCAUGCUUAAAAGGGAACUACAUAUUGUAAGAGAACUACACUCCUUUCUAUGAUGUAAAUAUGUGCAAGACAAUAAAGUGCCGCUUGUUUGUUUUUUUUUUCAAAUGGUUCAUUUAAUUAAUGUAAAUGAGCCUAUAUGCUCAGGAUGUAUUUAUUAUUAUCAUUAUAAAAACGGACAAUUUGGUUUGUUCGUUUUUUCAUCUGUUAAAUAGCAAGUGGCUUCGACUGGUGUGACUACAAUUAAAAAUAUGAUGCUAUUUAUCAGCAUACUCUCUCACAAGACAAACCCAAGAUUACUUUAAAAAACACUCUGUUCUUCUCAUCCAUAUUUUCUGAAUUGCCUCUUAAGUGUGUCUGUUUCUGUAUUUUGGGCACAGGUAUAUUACCGAUUCAGAAGUGUGGCGCACCCCACCUCAGUCUUGAUAUGUUCUCCUUGGUGCUUAAAUCAUGUUCACAUCCUGCUGUUCACAGAAUGAUGUCGCCCUGUUUUUCUCUCAUCUCAAUUGUGCUGCAGUUUGUAGUCUCCGCUUCCCCUGAUAUUCCCUUUUUUGUUCAGCUUUAUUAAAUUGCAACUUUCGUA